AUGGCGAAGCACCCAAGGAUGAUCUUGUACCUUGACAAAGUCCAGGAGUUGUUGAAGGCGUUUCCUACCUUCACCAUCCAACAAGUACCCCGGGCAGAGAACGCGUAUGCAGAUGCACUAGCCAGUCUAGGGUCAGCACUGGAUACCCUAGUUCAGACGCUCCAUCCUGGUCGAACACCUUGA